AUGGGUGCUGAGGAGGAGGUGCUGGUCACAUUGUCAGGGGGAGCCCCCUGGGGCUUCCGACUUCAGGGGGGGGCCGAGCAGAGGAAACCUUUACAGGUGUCCAAGAUCCGAAGACGGAGCCAGGCUGGCAGAGCGGGACUCCGAGAGAGGGACCAGCUUUUGGCCAUCAAUGGGGUCUCCUGUACCAGCCUCUCUCAUGCCAGUGCCAUGAGCCUCAUUGAUGCCUCAGGGAAUCAGCUUGUCCUCACUGUGCGGCGGGUAGAGGAUGAGGGGCCUGUGCGGUCUCCAUCCCCUGGUGAGCUUCAAGUGUUGUCACCCUUAUCUCCACUGAGUCCUGAGCCUCCUGGCGCUCCAGUUCCCCAGCCUCUUCAACCUGGGAGCCUCCUCUCACCCCCUGACAGUGAGGCUUACUACGGAGAGACAGACAGUGAUGCUGAUGGACCUGCCACCCAGGAGAAACCCCGCCGACCCCGCCGCAGAGGCCCCACAAGGCCCUCCCCUCCAGGAGCCCUACCUGAUGAGGUCUACCUAUCUGACAGCCCUGCAGAGCCAGCGCCUGCCGUAGCUGGCCCUCCCAGUCAUGGUGACAGCCGUGUGAGCUCCCCAUCUUGGGAGGAUGGGGCAGCCCUUCAGCCACCCCCAGCUGAGGCCCUGCUGUUGCCCCACGGCCCCCUCAGGCCUGGCCCUCAUCUUAUCCCUAUGGUGGGGCCUGUUCCCCACCCAGUGGCAGAAGACCUCACUACCACCUACACCCAGAAGGCCAAGCAAGCCAAACUGCAACGGGCAGAGAGCCUCCAAGAGAAGAGUGUGAAGGAGGCUAAGACCAAAUGCCGCACGAUCGCAUCCCUUCUAACUGCAGCCCCCAACCCCCACUCCAAGGGGGUGCUUAUGUUUAAGAAACGACGGCAGAGAGCCAAGAAGUACACCCUAGUGAGCUUCGGGGCUGCGGCUGGGACAGGUGCUGAGGAAGAAGACGGGGUUCCUCCAACCAGCGAGUCGGAGCUGGACGAAGAGGCCUUCUCCGACGCCCGCAGCCUCACCAACCAGUGCGACUGGGACAGCCCCUAUCUGGACAUGGAGCUGGCCAGGCCAGGCUCAGCUGCAGGAGAGGGCCAGGGCCAGGGGCUGGGAGGGCAGCUGAGUGAGGCCUCCGGCAGAGGGGUCCAGCUCUUUGAACAGCAGCGCCAGCGCACAGCCUCCAGCACCCAGGAGCUGGCACGGGAUGGUCCAGCAGCCGUGCUCAAUGGGCAGGGCCUGCAAUCACCACCUCGGGCCCAGAGUGCUCCUCCGGAAGCAGCUAUACUCGCAUCCAGUCCUUCCCCAGCCCCUGUAGUCAGCCCCACCCCUUUCUUCCCAGGCAGUGGAGCUCCAACCCCGGCUCCAAACAUCUUUAACCGGUCAGCUAGGCCCUUUACUCCAGGCUUACAAGGGCAGCGGCCAGGUACCACCUCGGUUAUUUUUCGACCCCUAGCCCCCAAGAGGGCGAAUGAAAGCCUGGGAGGUCUCAGCCCCGUCGCACCGCCCUUCCUGUCCUCUCAGGGGCCCACCCCUCUGCCCAGCCACGUGCCGGCCUCCGGUUCCCCCAGCACUCCACGCACCUCAGGCCCCGUGACAGCUACAAGUUCCCUGUACAUCCCAGCCCCCAACCGUCCCGUAACGCCAGGCGGAGCCUCGGAACCCCCCGCUCCCCCUAGUGCCGCUGCCAUGACCUCCACCGCUUCUAUCUUCCUAUCGGGACCUCUGAGACCAGCUGCGCGUCCAGAGGCUCCUGCCCCAGGCCCCGGGGCGCCUGAGCCACCCAGCGCUCGGGAGCAGCGCAUUUCCGUGCCAGCUGCCCGCACUGGCAUCCUCCAGGAGGCCCGGCGACGGGGGACCCGGAAGCAGAUGUUCCGGUCGGGAAACGAGGAGACGAAGAACUCGCCCAACCCCGAGCUCUUGUCGUUGGUGCAGAACCUGGAUGAAAAACCCCGAGCCGGGGGAGCGGAAUCUGGUCCAGAGGAAGAUGCUCUGAGCCUUGGAGCUGAAGCCUGCAAUUUCAUGCAGCCACCAGGGGGCAGGAGUUACAAGGCUCUGUCUCACGUGACGCCUAAAACCGCUCCUCCAAUGGCUCCCAAGACACCGCCCCCAAUGACUCCUAAGACUCCACCCCCAGUGGCUCCUAAGCCCCCUUCUCGUGGGUUCCUUGAUGGGCUAGUGAAUGGGUCAGCCCAUUCGGCUGGAAUCCCUGAACCAGCAAGGCUUCAGGGCAGGGGUGGGGAGCUGUUUGCCAAGCGGCAGAGCCGAGCAGACAGGUAUGUGGUAGAAGCUACACCUAGUCCUGGCUUUGGCCCUGGCCCUAGGCCCAGAAGCCCUUCCCCUACACCAUCACUGCCCUCUUCCUGGAAAUAUUCACCCAACAUCCGUGCCCCACCUCCUAUUGCUUACAACCCACUGCUAUCACCCUUUUUCCCCCAGGGUGCUCGAACUCUCCCUAAUAAGGCCCAAUCCCAGGGUCCUCGGGCAACCCCUAAGCAGGGUAUCAAGGCUCUGGAUUUCAUGCGGCACCAGCCCUACCAACUUAAAACUGCCAUGUUCUGUUUUGAUGAGGUUCCCCAGACUCCUGGCCCCACCUCUUCAGGGCCCCCCAAAACUGCCCGAGUCCAGGAGAUCCGCCGAUUUUCCACUCCAGCACCCCAGCCCACUGCAGAACUCCUGGCCCCCACUGUUCUUGCCCCACGAGCAGCCACUACAUUGGAUGAGCCCAUCUGGAGGUCAGAGCUGGCCUCAGCCCCUGUUCUUAGCCCAGGCCCUCCUCCAGAGUCUCCCAGGGGUCUUGGAACUUCCCCUAGCUCCUGUGGCUUCCAGGUAGCCAGGCCUCGGUUCUCAGCCACCAGAACUGGAUUGCAGGCUCAUGUGUGGAGGCCAGGGGCAGGCCACCACUGAGUGGGGUACAGCUCCCAGGACCAAGGAGAGGUGGAACAUCCUGUUCAUAAAGUUGCUUCUCCAACCUAUCCCAUGCCCUCUCUCAGGCAUCCGGAGGCUAAAUUCCCUCCUGCCAGAGAUAGUUUUGGAGUUGGUGUCCCAUCCUCCUGGCUCCCAACCUCCCUGCUACUUUCCAGCCUACUAUCUCUGCUUUGUUAUCUGUGCUUCCCUUUGUCUCUGUAGCUCCUUUUGUGGGUCUUUGUCUUUAUCUCAGUCUCUCGACCCACACUCCUCCACUGGUCUCUCUUUCUCUACAUUUGUGCUUUUCUCUGUGAGCCUCAUUUUAACAUUCAAUGAGAAGCACACAGAGAAGUUACCAGUGAGACCUUAAGCAAGCUUACCAUCAGGCAGGCUUCAAAAGGACUAAAUUGAUCCCUGCACUAAAUCACUCUCUACUCCUCCCUCUCAUUUUCCAAGCUUGGCUGGCAUAUAUCUAGGCAUGUAUGUGUACAUUUGUGUAUGUGCAAAUGUGUGUGAGCACAGAUGUGUUCUUAUGUCUGAGGCAAGAGUAAGAGGAGAGGUCUAAAUAAAGACCAAAUCUGGGUCUUCCCCCUGUAUUGAUGAAA